AUGGGGCCAACAAGAAAGUCUGGAAGCGUGAAUAAGAAAUAUUCUUAUAUCAAUGAAGUAUCUCCUCGUAAAGAUGGAGACAGUGCUAAAAGAAGCAACAGUAGGAAGAGGAAGUUGUCUGACAUGCUUGGACCCCAAUGGAGCAAGGAAGAGCUAAGUCGUUUCUAUGAAGCUUACCGUAAACAUGGUAAAGAUUGGAAAAAGGUGGCUGGUGCGGUACGAAACAGAUCUGUCGAAAUGGUGGAGGCUCUUUACACAAUGAACAGGGCAUACUUAUCUCUUCCAGAGGGGACUGCUUCUGUAGUUGGGUUGAUUGCUAUGAUGACUGAUCAUUACAGCAAUUUGGGAGGAAGUGAUAGUGAACAAGAAAGCAAUGAUGGAGCAGGAUCAUCUCGGAAUCCUCAAAAGCGUGCUCGGGGAAAACUCCAACCCACUACCUCUAAAGCAUUGGACGUACAAUUUCUUUCACAUUCCCAGACUGUUUCACCAAAUAAUGGUUGUCUGUCCGUGUUAAAGAAGAAACGCUCUGGGGGAAGCCGACCCCGUCCUGUUGGAAAAAGGACACCAAGGUUCCCCGUUUCAUUUUCAUAUGAAAAUAUCAAUUCGGAAACGUAUUUUUCUCCAACCAGGCAAGGUUUAAAGUUAAAGGCUAAUGCCAAUGUUGAAGAAGUUGCUCAUGAAAUAGCCAUAGCUUUGGCUGAGGCUUCACAAAGAGGUGGUUCUCCCCAGGUUUCUCGAACUCCAAAUAGAAGAGCUGAGAGUGCUAUGUCUUCACCUUUUAGGAAUGCUCAAAGAAAGGAUUCUGUACCAGAAAUGGCCAAUGCGAAGCUCUUGGCUAUGGAUGAAGAAGAUUUAGAAGGAAGUGUGGAAGCUGACACUGGAGAGUUGACUAGGUUUGAAUCUCAUAGGACUGAAUCUGAAAGUCCUCGCACAGCAAGACAGAAACGGAGAAAAUUUGAAUCUGCAAAGGUUGAAGUAGAUUACAAUAGUGAGAAUCAUUUGAAUGACGUCAAGGAAGAAUGUAGUAGGAUGGAGGAAGGUCAAAGGAUUGGUACAAUUAGAGGUGAUGUUGAGGUCACAGAACCCAAAAUUUCAAGGUCCUCCAUGGGUCAGAGAAAGAAAAGCAAAAAGGUUCUUUUCGGGAGAGAUGAAGAUGCCUUUGAUGCCCUGCAAACUUUGGCUGAUUUGUCUUUGAUGAUGCCAACAGAAAAUGAAGAAGAGUCAAGGGUUCGGUUAAAAGAUGAAGAUCAUUUAGAUGAAUCUGGGUCAUUAGAAGCUCAGCCAGUAAACCAGAAAAGGGACAGACGUAGAUCCGCAGGGGUUAGGAUGAAAGGUUACCUAUCAAUGAUAAAUUCUGAAGUGGCUUCUGGUAAAACAUCAAAACCUGGAAAAGGUUCAGUUUCCGAUGUUAGUGCUGUCUCUGAAGAAAUUCUGGAUUCUCAUCAAUAUAUCUCCAAAACAUCAAGGAGAAAGCAAAAGAGGUUAGCGUCAAAGAUUCAAAUUAUUGAAGCUCAUCCUGGUGAAUCCCUAGGGAUUGAGGCUGGAGAUGCGGGGAAGAAGUUGAUGAGCAAGAGUAAGAAAGCUUCACAAACUGGUUCGCCAAAACUGAUGAAAGUUUCUGAAAAUUCUUCAAAUGCUGAUCUACGAAGAGAAGGAAGUGACUCAGCACAAUCAGCUGUGCAGGUCCCUGUGGUUAACCAGGUUAACUUACCUACUAAAGUCAAGAGUAGACGUAAGAUGGACCUCAAAAAACCAAAUAAAAUUCCAAUUGACCAAAGUAACGCGCCUUUCGCCUCACUGCAGGACAGAUCAUUUGAUCAUAAGAAAAAACUGUCUAAUUGCCUAUUGAAUCCUCAUGUUCAGAGAUGGUGUGCAUACGAGUGGUUUUAUAGUGCAAUUGAUUAUCCUUGGUUUGCAAAACGGGAGUUUGUUGAGUAUUUGUAUCAUGUUGGAUUAGGUCAUGUUCCAAGAUUGACUCGUGUGGAAUGGGGUGUCAUAAGAAGCUCUCUUGGCAAGCCACGACGAUUUUCUGAGCAGUUCCUGAAAGAAGAAAAGGAGAAGCUUAAUCAGUAUCGAGAUUCCGUAAGAAAACAUUACACUGAGCUCCGUGAAGGUAUCGGGGAAGGACUACCAACAGAUCUUGCACGACCCUUAUCAGUUGGACAGCGAGUCAUAGCCAUUCAUCCAAAAACAAGGGAGAUCCAUGAUGGCAGUGUGCUAACAGUUGAUCAUUCUAGGUGUCGGAUUCAGUUUGACCGUCCUGAACUUGGGGUUGAAUUUGUCACGGACAUUGACUGCAUGCCCUCAAAUCCUUUUGAGAAUAUGCCUGCUUUGCUCUGGAGACAUGCACUUAUUGUUGAUAAGUUUUUUGAGAAUUUCAAUGAGUUGAAAAUGAAUGGACAAGCAAAAGAAUACUGGAAAUUUUCCUCGGGUGACAAUCUGGAUAACGUGGCUUACACAAUUGCCAAUGUGCAAACUAGGACUGGACCUAUAGAAACUACUACCAUUCAACAGACCGCGUAUUCUCAGCCUUGUUCACCAGCUCACAUUCAGGCAAAAGAAGCUGAUGUUCAAGCUCUUGCUCAGCUGACUCGUGCUCUUGAUAAAAAGGAAGCUGUUGUUCUAGAGUUGAGACGCAUGAAUGAUGAUGUGUUGGAAAAUCAGAAGGAUGGUGAUGGCUCUUUGAAGGAAUCAGAGCCGUUCAAAAAGCAAUAUGCUGCUGUACUUGUUCAAUUAAAUGAAGCCAAUGAACAGGUAUCGUCUGCUUUGUAUUGCUUGAGACAGCGGAACACUUAUCAAGGGAAUAGUUCACUUGUAUGGCCAAGGCCAGUCAACAAUUUCAGUGAUCUUGGUGGCAUAAUGAGCUCUCAACUGCAUGAGUUAAGAAUACAAGUGAACGAAAUUAUUGAUAGCUCAAGAACAAAAGCUCGAACAAUGGUAGAUGCAGCUAUGCAGGCAAUAUCAUCACUCAAGGGUAGGGAGGAUAGCAUGGAGAAAAUUGAGGAAGCUAUAGAUUAUGUGAAUGACAAGCUUCCAUUGGAUGAUUACUGCAAGCCAGGGGCACCUGAUCGUAAGUUGAAUGCAUCCGAUAAAAACGAGGCACAAAUUCCUUCAGAACUGAUUACUCAAUGUGUAGCUACAUUGCUUAUGAUUCAGAAAUGUACAGAACGAGAAUUCCCACCAUCUGAUGUAGCACAGAUACUCGAUUCUGCUGUUACAAGUAUGAAGCCGUGCUGUUCGCAGAAUCUUCCUGUUUAUGCUGAAAUACAGAAGUGCAUGGGUAUUGUCAAGAACCAAAUAUUGGCACUGAUACCCACAUAG